UUAUGAUGGUGAUUAAUCAUAUAAUUGUUAUUACUCGUGCACUCAUGAUUGUCGGUGAUACUUGUCAAUGUCAUCAUAUGGUUAUUACGAUUGGUUGUAUUCUUAUAUUCGUACAUGGUUGGCAAUAUUUGUUGAAAUAUAUGUCUAAAAUUCUUUUGAUAUUUUACAUCAGAAUACCAUGGCGCCGAAACGAAGAAAUACUCGUAAACAACCGAAUUACCAACUUCCCACCACGGAGGCAGAAUUGGAAGCUUUGUUGGAACAGCGCAUUGCUACCGCCAUUGCACAGUAUGAAGCAAACCGUGUCGAUUCCAGCGGCGGUACUGGAGGCUCCGGAGGUUCUGGACCUGGAGGAUCAGGAACGGGUGGGAACAUUGUGAUUGGAGGUACUACCAUUCCAGGGUGCACUUAUAAGGCGUUCCUCGACUGCAAGCCUCUAAACUUCAAUGGUACCGAGGGAGCUGUUGGCUUUGUACGUUGGGUGGAGAAGACGGAAUCGGUGAUCCGUAUCAGCAAAUGUACCCCGGAACAAACGGUGAUGUAUGUUACUUGCCUCUUCCUAGAUGAGGCGUUGACUUGGUGGAACCUUCAGGUUCAAACAUUAGGUGAUGAGGCCGCUUAUGGGAUGACAUGGGAAGGACUUCGGGAAUUGAUGCGAGAAGAGUACUGCUCGAGAGCUGAAAUCCAAAGACUAGAGACAGAAUUUUGGAAUCUAUCUAUGAUCGGCGCUGAUGUUGCGGGGUAUACGCAACGGUUCCAUGAUUUGUCCAGGGUAGUUCCCUACCUUGUGACACCGGAGUUCAAGAGAAUCGAAACGAUAUAUAUGGGGUUUGGCACCUGA